GAAGUCUCUGCACAGUGAACUCAGCCUCCGCCACCGUCCGCCGUGGAGUUUCCGUUUCCGACCGCCGUUGAAGCCCAUUCAAGCCUUUUACAUAUUUCCUUACAAGAUCAGCUGUCUUUUUGGUUCUAUUUCGGUUGGCCUAAGGUUUGAAGCUGUUAACAUCUGAAAUCAGCACAUCCUUUUUGUUGUGAAAGAUUAGAGUAGAACAAAAAUGCUUAGAAGAAGGCUUUCUAUUCUCUCAACGUCAAUCAUCAGAAGUUCAAUUCACAGCAAACCCAUUCUAAGAUACCCAUCUAUCCAAUUUCAUCCCUUGCGGCUCCCUCACUCUCCUAGUGCUCAUGCAACAUUUAAUCCCAAUGCACUCCCGGAUUGUGAAGGCUUUAGAGCUUACAGUCUUCUGAGCUUGAAUGAUCUGAGAGAUAAUGUUCCCAGAAAGCAGAAGACAAGGAAGGGCCGUGGGAUUGGGUCUGGAAAGGGCAAGACUGCUGGGUAUGGUCACAAGGGUCAGAGAGCCAGAAAAGGUUCAAAAUUGGGGUUUGAAGGAGGGCAGACCCCACUUCGUCGUAGAGUGCCCAAACGUGGGUUCAAGAAUCCAUUUAGCCUCACUUUUCAGCCAAUAGGUUUGGGAAAAAUUGCUAAGUUUAUCAAUGGAGGGAAGAUAGAUUCUUCUGAACUGAUUACGAUGAAAACACUCAAGGAUGCAGGGGUACUAGGGAAGCAAAUGAAAGAUGGAGUAAGAUUGAUGGGGCGUGGUUCUGAGCAGAUCAAGUGGCCAAUUCAUCUAGAGGUAUCAAGGGUCACUGUUAGGGCUAAGGAAGCAGUUGAAGCAGCUGGUGGGUCUGUCAGAAGGGUGUAUUACAAUAAGUUGGGCUUUCGGGCACUGCUGAAGCCCGAAUGGUUUGAAAAGAAGGGGAGAUUGUUGCCUAAAGCUGCUAGACCUCCUCCAAAGCAAAAGGAUAAAGUUGAUAGUAUUGGUCGGCUGCCUGCACCAACCAAGCCAAUUCCAUUUUUAGUUGAAGGAAGCGAGGAUCUUCCAGUUCAUCUUAAUUAAAUAAAUAACAUGUUUGGUACCAUUUUUUUGGAGUUUGUAAUUCUUUAUGAUGUAAACGGUUUUGACUCACAAGUUUUUUAUGCAGUCUCUUCCAAUGGAGCAGGUAGUUAAUUCAGGAUGAGAUAAAUGGAUUUCCUUUGGGACAAAUGAAAUGGAAAAAUCUUGUUUUUUUAUAUCAUUUCUUUUGAGGAAGUGAUGUAGGUCACUCGGCUGAAC